AUUGUCAUUGAAGAAAAUCCCGUACUGAACUGGUCAGUACUGAGCGUUCAUCGAGAAGAAACUGUGGUGAAUUGGCAGCACGCAACGUUAUUGACAAUACAUUGUCUUUGGAGCAAUGCAAACCAGAUCAGGGAAUCAAAUUUCGGAGCAGCAGUCGGAGAGUCGGCAAGUCCCCGUUCGUAUAAAUGAUCAUGUUGAUAAUCUUUCGUGCCCCGGCUCUCAUGUCAGUAGUUCGAAAUUAUCAUUACCGCGAGUAACUAGUGCUAAGUCGUUGCUACUAAGGGCGCAGCUAAAAGAAAAACAGCUUCGAGAGGAGUUAGAGUUAGAGAAAAAGUUGCUAAAGGCUAGACAUGAUGUCGAAAUGGCCGAGCUGCAUGUGAAGUUAGCCGAGGACGACGAACGGAAAACUCAUGGAAAUACGAAAAGAGGCACUGUCAAUUACGCUCGAAUCAGCAAAGACAGUAUCAAAGACGACAUCAGAAGUCUACAUCAAGCUGAGCUUAAGGAUACUGAAGAAAACAAAAACUCAUUUUCUAUUGAAGAUCGUAAGGCAAUCGAGUUUGUUACUCAAAGCACCGUAGUAGAAAAGGCGCAUUACAUCAUUCCCUUGCCAUGGGAAGAUCCGACAAAGAUAACGGACAAUAAUUAUGUAGUCGCCAUAAAGCCGUUACUCAAUCUGAAACAGAGGUUAUCGUGUGACAAGAACCUUUUAGCACGAUAUGUGGAGGGGAUAAAUACGAUGUUAAAAAAUGGUUAUGCCCUUCCGGUACCCCCAAAGCAGCUAGCAGCGAACUAUCGUUCGAGGUGGUAUCUUCCACAUCAUCCCGUUAUGAAAACGAAAAAGCCAGAUAAACUGAGAAGAGUUAUAGAUUGUGCUGCAACCUUUAGAGGUUAUUCUUUGAACGAUAAGCUAUAUCAAGAACCUGAUACGAUUUCCGAGCUUGUUGGUGUUCAGUUGCGCUUUCGAGAAAAGCCUAUUUCUGUAUCCGCGGACAUAGCUGAUAUGUUUAUGCAAGUGAAGGUGCUAGUAGACGAUCGAGGAGCAUUACGAUUUCUGUGGUGGCAAGAUGGUUGGCUAGGCGUUGGCCGCGAGGAGUUAUUGCGGAAUGCGAGCAAUCCGCGGACGAACUUGUCAGAACGGUUACAAUAAGAACGAGAAACGGCGAGGUGAAGCGCGAUAUACGUAAGAUAUGCCUACUAGAGGGAAGUCAUUUGUAAGAGAGCCGGGCACGAGGGUUAUUCUGUAUAACAUGAUUCAUAAAAUCCUAGUCGGAUUUUGGGGGCCGGUGUAAGAUCAAUUCUAUUCCCAUCCUUGAAUCAAGUCAACCUGUCACGGAUCAGCCUAGCGUUGUUGCAACCCAAUUAUCCAUGCCUAACGUGUCUAUCCCUGCUUGUUUAAUGAACUGUGUGUAUGUGUUUUUACCUCGAUCCGUUUAGUCAGACAGUUGAACUCAUGGCCCA